CUGCUUAAAAUAUUUCCUUGCCACUGCGUGUAGUCCUUAGUGCUAUUUGUCUUCCGUUUGGAAGGGAAGAGUAGAAUUGAGUAGCCAGAUUUCAAUGUGGAGAUUCAGUCCAGCUUACGGCAGCCGUGCACACACUUUUAUGGAGUUCAUCAUUGACAGCGGAGAUUGGUGUCAGGCUCAACACGAGUGAGGAACAGACCAGUUUAAUGUGAAUGGGGUUGACCCAAUUCACUUUCGACAACAGUAAGGAAACGGCGAGUUUUAUUGAAACUUGGCAAAAUUUAAAUAUUUGUUAGUAACAGAACUAAAUGACAGACAUGAAAAUGCCUUCUGGAACCCGAGUAGUUAACAACCAAGGCAGAUCCGUCCAUGGACCCGGCCCUGUCGUGGUAGAGCACAAGCACAUGAAGUUUUUGAUCACUGAUCGUCCCACUGAUGCGACCCUGCCUCGUUAUAUAGAGGAUCUUAAGAAAUACGAUGCCCACGUUGUCGUACGGGUGUGCGAACCAACAUACAACAUCGAGCAGUUGAAGAAGCAAGGAAUCGAUGUUCUGGACUGGGCUUUUGAUGAUGGUGCAGCACCCCCCAAAGAAGUAGUUGAAGGAUGGCUUCAGUUGCUUAAGAAGAAGUUUAAAGAAAAGCCAGGAUCAUGCAUUGCUGUGCAUUGUGUAGCUGGACUGGGCAGAGCACCAGUCCUUGUAGCUCUGGCUCUUAUUGAAAGCGGAAUGAGAUAUGAAGAUGCCGUGGAAUUUAUCAGGAGACGAAGAAGAGGGGCAAUUAAUGCAAAACAGCUUACCUAUCUGGAACAGUACAAGCCUUCCAAACUACUUAAAGAGAAAGCCAGUGCAAAUUGUUGCAUUCAGUAAGGCAAACACACAGCAUUUUUGAUGGAAUGGAAAAUUUUCUGCCUCUUAAUUUAAGAAUAUAUUUUAAUGAGUUAAUAAUCUGAUUUCAGGAAAAUUCAUUUUAGGUGCUUGAAUAUUAAAUUCCAAAGAAGCUAUAACAGCUAGGUUACAAAAAUACCAUUCUUGAUAUUAGCCUGAGUGACAAAAAUUUUAAUGGCAGUUAGGACAAAGAAGGUUUCAAAUAUUUUACAUGUUAUGUAAAAUCUUUUUUUUUUUCUCUGUCUUGUUCUUGAAUUAGUGAGCAACAGGGAAACGUAAAUCUCUGUGCACUCAGAUUUUUUUAUCAUGUCUCUGUAAUUAGACAUAGUGGCUGCCCUGUUUUCUGAGUAUAUAUAAUUAUUGUUGUAAGCUGAAUUAAUGAGUAGAACAACUAAAAAUGGAUAGAUUUGCAUGUGCAGUAAACUUUUUCAAACUGACUGGAUGAAUGCAUUUGCUAAUCAUGAAGGCAGCUACUAUGAAGUCUGUUGUUUCCAGUGCGGCUACGUACAUACAUGUACUUCUGUAGAGAUAUUUAGAUGUGAUGGAAGGAAACAAAAUACUAAGAAAUAUGUAAAUGUUAAGCAAUAAUAUUUUGCAGUAAUUAUAUUUCCAUGGAUCCUUGUAAUUGCUACCAAUUUUUUUUAAUCUGCUUUGCCUUCUAGACCUCUUAAGAAUUCAUUCAUUUUUUUUCCAUUCUCAAGAUCUAUUUACAAAAAUAUUUUGCAAUUCAUAACUUCUUUUCAUUUAGUACCCAUCACCUGUAUAGUUUACUUUUCCUACAUUUGAGUUGAAGUAUGCUUUGAUUAUUCUGUGUUUUAGUAGCAUGGAAAAUUUCAUUAAAUGGAAACAGCAUCCCCAACCACAAAUCAGUGUCGAGUUGCCUUCACACAAUGUUAACUAUUUCACCCCAAGAUCUCAUUAGUAAUUCUCAUUACUGUCUGCCACACAAUUCUUGUUAUGUUAGUUCAACUCUUACAUCCCACAAUCCAUAUAGUUUUUUCUCAUCACUUGAUAAUUAUGAUGUUGAUAUUGUAAGGAUAAAUUCUGUCUUGAUCACUUGUUGGAGUCAAAGGGUUUAAACUACAAAAGGUGCAUUUUUCCCUCCUUCUGUAGAUCCAGGGCUUGACACUACCUUUCAACUUACUAGCCAAGUGGCUAAUGACACCUUAAAUGUUACAACAUUUCAGUUUGUUUACUAACCAAACUGUCUAGCGGAAAUUGAAAACCACUAGCCAGAACGGAAUUUCAACUGGUUAGUUGACUACUGUCAGUGUUGAGCCCUAAGAUCAUUUCCUUGUAUUAUUGUAUCUGCUCAGAGACUUUUCUAUUUACAAGGAAUUCAUUUAGGGAAUUGUUUGUGUACCCUUCUUUGCAUGUGUUACACUGAUUUUUGGAGGAAUUCCAUGAAGUUUGGUUGGAGCUGGGUGAAAUUGUAAUUAAUAUAAUUAUUUCAAGUAGUUUGAGAUAUAGGAUGUACAAUUUUUGCAUGUCAUUCAUUCCAGGAGUAUCCUACCUCCACAUUGCAAUGAAGAUUGUCAUUUUCAGAAAAAUUGCUAAUAUGAAAUUCACAAAUUGUUUAACUGUUGCUAUUUAUUUGAUUUCUUUUUAAGCUUAGAACUUUACUUUUUUUUUCUUUUUUGUAACUCAGAGACAAUUCAUUGCAAUUUUUGUAUUUUUAAUUCUGAGCCAAAGCUCUUUCUCUAACUUUUUCGGUUAAUCAGAGGGAAGAGAACCUAAGACCACAAUGAUUAGAAUGUAGUAUACAAAGAACUGGACAUCAAGAUAGCUUAUUUUGCUUUUGUUACCAAAGCGCAAAUUUAAAUAAAAAAGUGGCCAAUUUUAGGGGCUCUUGUGUGCAAAUGUAGCCCAUUAUCUUUGAUGGUCAUUGUAACCUAAAAAAAAUGUCAUGGAAUCAGUUGUAAGUAGGAGAAUCAUGCAGGAACUUUGUACAUUUGAAACAAGUGCAUUUUCUGAGCAGUCUCAAUGUUUCAACUGAUCCAAAUUAGUUUUGAUAUGGGAUCUAACAACUGCAUGAAAUCUGGCUUUUUUAAGAGGAGCAGCUUUUAACAAUGAGAUUUCACAUAGCAACUGUAGCAUAUUAAGCAAUAUUUACGAGCCCAAACAAAAUAGCUGAAAAACUAAUGUACUAUGUACAGUUUGGGAUUAAGAUGACCUUUGAAAUCCUCUGAAGUAUCCCUUUUUUUCUCAACUUUGGAACACAAUUGAGUGAAUUGCGACUAUUACUCCUUUAUGCUUUGACUUCACAAUUAGCAAAUUUGUUUUCUUUACCUGAGACAUGUUGAUGUAUUGCUGUAAAUAAAAAAUCUGCCCACAGCUA